AUGACUCUGCCCAAGCCGGGGACCUACUACUUCCCCUGGGAGCUCAGCCAGGCUCCCGACGGGGACGCCCUGCGGACGUUUGGCAGGUUGAGCCUCUACGACGUGACCGAGUCCCGAGCGACGCUGACGGCUCAGCAGGGCUCGGAGCAGCACCAGGUCCUGGUGUGCACCAAGCUGGUGGAGCCGUUCCAGGCCCAGGCGGGCUGCCUCUACCUGGUGCUCGGGGAGCUGGACCAGCAGGAGGGCCGCCCCGUGGUGCGGGCCCGCGUGCUGACGUGCGUGGAGGGGCUGCGCCUCCCGCUGCUGGAGCGGGCCGUCGGGGAGCAGAGGCUGUACCUGCGGGGCCGGGGCGGCCGCCCCUAG